AUGGCAGAUAGAAGCCGACGUGUGCGACGUCAGAUUAGUGAGGCCACUGAAGACUUCACAGAAGACUCAGACUUGGGCAGCGGUGAAGAUUAUGAUCCACGAAGAACCGACUCCAUGAGACGAGCAGGCAGAUAUGAUUCUUCAGCAGCAUCGACCCCGGCGUCGUCGAGACCACGACGCUCGGGGGCUUCGGCCGCUGCAACCAAUGUUGCUUCCGCCACUGUUCAGCGCGGAUCAGGCUUAACAGACGAUCGCCGACAGAGCCUCAAAUUGACCGUCAAGGCACCUCCAAGCAAACUGCGAGAGGUCAUGCGAGCCAAUGAGGUGGAUUCGCUCCAUGACACCCUGGGUGGCGGGCAUGUCCUCGAUGCACCGCGAAGCAGUCGACGUACUGCAUUGGCGGCAAGAACCAGCACUCGUGGCAGCCGACGACCUACAUAUGCAGAGUAUGGUGAGAGCGACAUUGAUGACGAGGAAGAGGAAGAUGACGAAGACGAAGAAGAGGACGAAGAUGACGAUGAGGAAGAGGAACCCAACGACUUCGAUCAGCUCGGGGCUGAACCUGAGGGUGGCACCGAUGACGAAGACGUGGAAAUGGAAGACGCACCUCCUCCUCCGCCUCCGUCCAGGCGCCAUCUCCCGCCGAAACCCCCGAAGAUUACCUUGAAACCACCUGCCAAGGGUGACAACAAAUCAUCAGCCAAGCCCAAGCUCAUCGUCACUCCUGCCAAAGUUGGGCCGCUCAAGUCCGUUGAGGAGCAAGAAAUGGAGGAUGCAUCGGAGGAUGUGUCGGAGGAGGAGGAAGAUGAAGUCGGCAAUUCAUCUGAGCUCUCUGAUGAAGACGACGAACCUACGAGAAAUGUGCACGAUGAAGACGCGGAGGGCGAGGAAGAAGAGAUUGUGGUUGAGGAAGACGCGCCAGGUGAAGACGAAGAGGCCGACGAGGAGGACGAUGAUGAUGAAGAUCUCGAUGACAGCAGCGACGAGACGCCUGCUUCUGGUGCCGCCACUCCCGAUCUCACUAAGAUGACGAAGAGGCAGAGGGGCAGGCCCGAGGAUCAAGGUACUCUCAUGGCGUUGGAUAUGGCACCUCAGCAACGAAAGUUCUUCACGGAUGAGGAGAAGGCGAUGAAGAAGGACGAACAUGCUAGAAAGCGCAAGGAGCUGACCAAGCGCAAGGUGCAGGAGGAGAAGACGGCCGCUCUUAACAGACUGCUCAAACCUCAAGUCUCCAAGGCGCGAGGCGCUGCUCCAAAGCCAGAGACCUUGGCUGCGGCUGCGGCUGCUGCAGCGGCGGCUGGGUCACCGUACGAAGAGGAAGACCUCUCACAAAGAGCCAAUCCACUCUAUACGAGGUGGAUCAGUACGCAGGAGGGUGUGAAACUGGGUGUGCCAGAAGAGUGGCUGGGGAAGAAAGUCGGCCGCUAUUUUGGCCCGCCGCUCUCCCCUAGCAGCAAUAUUCUUAUCCACGAGGUCGAAUAA